UGAACAAUAGCAAUUAUUUAGAUAAAUGUUACGUGAGAAAAAUUUUAAAAAAUCUUUGAUACAAAAAAUUAAUUAUCCUAUAAUCGCAAAGCGUACAAGCUCUUUUUAAUAGUAUUGUCAAGCGCAUGGGUAUAAUUCGUCUGCGAAACUUACUCACGAGAAAAGACCUUUUACGCAAUAUGAGUAUCGACAUUGGAGGUAUGAGAAUUAAAUAUAAAGAUAAGGAUGAUACAUUCCUGGAGAAACAUUUAGUGUCUAAAGAACCAUUUGGGCAAUUUAAAGCAUGGUUUGAAGAAGCAUGUAGUAGGAAAGAAAUUUUAGAACCCAAUGCAAUGUGUUUGGCCACUGUAUCAAGAAAUGGAUAUCCAUCCGCAAGAUUUGUAUUAUGCAAAGGUUAUGGUAAAGAUGGAUUUAAAUUUUUCACAAAUUAUGAGAGCAGAAAAGCUAAAGAGAUGAGUGAAAAUCCAAAUGUAGCAGCAACAUUUUAUUGGGAGGUCUUAAAUAGAUCUGUAAGAAUUGAAGGUUAUGUAGAAAAGCUUUCUGAAGAAGAAUCCACUAAGUACUUCCAUUCAAGACCAGUCCCAAGUCAAGUUGCAGCUUGUGCGAGCUACCAAAGCACACCAAUUGAAUCAAGGGAUGUCCUCUGUGAAAGAGAGAGAAAAUUGGAGGCAGAAUACAUGAUACCAGAGAAAGAAAUUCCUAAGCCAAGUUAUUGGGGUGGUUACAUAAUACGUCCCAGAGCUGUAGAGUUUUGGCAAGGCCAACGGGAUCGACUGCAUGAUAGAAUAAAGUUCAGAAAACCAACAGAAGGGGAAGUAGUUGAUGGAAAACUGCUUCAUGAAGGGGAUGAUGGUUGGGUUUAUCAGAGAUUAUCACCAUAAAUCAUGAAAAGAAUAAUUAUGGUAAGAGAUAUUGAUGUCUUCCAUUUUGUUAUUUUACAUAAUAAUAGAAAAAAUUAGGUCACAAUUAAUGUUAAAUUGUUAAAGAUAUAA